AAGUCUAGAGAGAGAGAGAGAGGAGGGAUCUUACUUUCUUAGAGAGUCUCUGUCACGAUCUCACCAACCAAGAGUAUACCGAAUAACCCCCACCAAGGCACCAACCACCCACCGCUGAUUCCAAGUUCCAACGCCUCGCACCAUUUAAAAAGCUUCCCCUCUCCUCCUCUCUGCUUUGGUUCUCUCUCUCUCCCUUGUAUCUUGGAAGCUCCGCCCUCUCUCCUCUGCUACAUUAGUCUAUACAGACAGGCUUUGGAGGGUCGUGGACUUAACCCUGACAAGUCUGCAUCUUCUUCUCUGCUAACAGAGGCAAAAUAUUAUAAUGGGUGCCGACGGUAAGGUCUACACCUUAGAAGAAGUCUCACAGCACCGGAGUUCUAAAGAUUGCUGGCUCAUUAUUGGUGGCAAGGUAUAUGAUUUAACAAAGUUCAUGGAAGACCAUCCUGGAGGUGAUGAGGUUUUGUUGUCAGCCACAGGGAAGGACGCAACUGAUGAUUUUGAGGAUGUUGGUCACAGCAGCAGUGCGAGAGCAAUGAUGGAUGAAUUCUAUAUUGGAGAGAUUGAUGCAUCUACCAUCCCCAAAAAGGUCAAGUACGCCCCUCCCAAGCAGCCCCACUACAACCAGGACAAAACUACUGAAUUUAUCAUCAAGCUACUGCAGUUCCUGGUUCCCCUUGCAAUCUUGGGGUUAGCUGUAGGAAUCCGUUUCUACACCAAAUCAACCUCCUAACUUGUCAAGAAUACAUUGUCAAACAGUCUUCCAAAUAAGUUUGUGUCAAUGGUAAAAGACCCUCCAAUAUGAUCUGUUCAUGUUGUUGUUGCCCCAACUUGUGGGGUGGGAGGAGGGUAGUAGGGCUGUCAACUUGUCUGGUAGCAUAAUUAACUUGUUUUGUACUGCCAAAUUCUGUACUCAUUUUCCUUCAUUUAUAUUUGAGAUCGGGUCUUGACUUCUUUGUUAUGUUUUUA